UGCUUUUUGCGCUUACAAAUAUGAAAAUCUUUCUCAAAUUUUCUUCCAACUUGUUCCUCUUCUUCUUCUUCCUUCAUUCUUUGCAUCUUCCUCACUCUGUUUCCAUUUCAUGACAACAACAACAAUAGCAACAACAACAACUCUCUCUCACCCAACAACACACACAUCUUUUAUUUAAGGUUGUUAACAAACAAGUUCAACUUCCAAAACAUCACGCUUCUUCUGCUAAGGGUUUAAACCAGGAUUGCAUCGCAGACACUGAUUUGACAAUGGGAAAAGCAACAGAAUUCCUUGUUGAUGACCUGCAGGAUGGGCCUCUUAAUGGCUUUGACUUGAAAAACAGAACUUGCCAAACAACUACUAUCAUUGGUGAUAAAACGUAUGUCAUUGGUGGUGCUGAUGAUGGAACUUUGUCCAUUGAAGUUCAAAUUUUUGACCAUAAUCUUGGAGAAUGGGUUCAUCCCACUGUGCAGGGCACCAAACCCAUGUCAUGCAAAGGCCACUCAGCAGUGCCUUUGGAAGAUCGAAUACUAAUUCUUAAGAAGGGUUCUAAGCCAGAUGAUCAAAUAUGGUUUCUGGAGGUGGACACCCAAUAUGUUAGGCAGCAGCAAAAAAAUUUGGGAACUGAGGUUGUUGCGUGGAGUAAGGGUGUGAUAGGCAAUGCUGAGAAGCCAGUUGUUAUUAGUGGUCCUUCUGGAGUAGGUAAAGGAACACUGAUAUCAAUGCUCAUGAAGGAAUUCCCAUCUAUGUUUGGUUUUUCUGUGAGCCACACCACCCGUGCUCCAAGAAAUAUGGAGAAAGAUGGGGUCCAUUACCAUUUUGCUGAGAAGAGUGUAAUGGAGAAAGCGAUUAAAGAUGGAAAGUUUCUUGAGUUUGCUUCUGUCCAUGGUAAUCUUUAUGGGACGAGUGUUGAGGCUGUCGAACUGGUAGCAGAUGCGGGGAAAAGAUGUAUUCUUGAUAUUGAUGUUCAAGGGGCAAGAUCCGUAAGGGCUAGUUCUCUGGAAGCCAUAUUCAUCUUUAUAUGUCCCCCAUCAAUGGAAGAGCUGAAUAAGCGCCUUCGUGACCGAGGGACAGAGACAGAGGAACAGAUCCUGAAACGACUACGUAACGCUGAGGCUGAGAUUGAGCAAGGGAAGUCUUCACACAUAUUUGAUUUCAUCUUAUACAAUGACAAACUUGAGGAGUGUUAUGAGAAACUUAAGAAAUUAUUGGGACUUGAUGCUUUUGUCACUGCUCCACCUAAACCAGCAGUUCACAGAGAGAUUAAUCUACCAAUGGAUCAUUCAGUGUCAAAAAUUGAUGAUAAAAUCAUCAUAAACUGCAUCUCUUCAGGAUUAGAAAAGGAAUCAAAGAAUUUGAUCAUGUUGGAUGUUUCCUCAAUAAAAGGGGGUGCACCUGGUCGGACAAGAGGGCUUGAUUUACAAGCCAUUGACUCGUUUUCGGAUGGCUUGACUGAGAUGGAUCAACUUAGCUAACAUUCAAUGGAAUUGGUCAACUAACUUGGAUUCUCCAUUCAUAUGUAACUUGAGAAAAUGGGACACGUUAUAAGGCACUAGAUUUAUGUCUUUAAGCAUUUAUUUCUUUUUUUCCUUGUGACGUUCUUUGAUUUUUCUGGCAAUUGAAUUGACUUGAGGAGUGUUAGCAAUGGCACAAUUAUUAUUCCUUCCAUAGGCAAUGAGAUGA